GUGAGUGUGCGGCUUCCACUGAGAGAACGGCGUAAUGAUAAAAGCCGCAUUUGCGGUAGCCUACACACCUCGUACUUAAUAUCAGUCAAGAAAAAAAGAGAGAGAAAGCGCCUUAUAACCCGUCUCCUCCCGCUGUAGCCUUAUCCACUUCUCGGAGAAGAUUCUGAAGUGCCAGCAGUACCAUGUCCAGGUCAUCAGGGGGCGGCGCCAAUGACAUCACCCGCUUCCUGUCGUCAGGGGCGGGGCCAGCAUCGCCCUCCUCGGCCCCUCCCACUGGCCAUGUGUUCUCAGCCUCCAGCCAGGCCGACUGGGCGGCCAAGAGGCUGGUGUGGGUCCCGUCAGAGAAGCACGGCUUUGAGUCUGCGAGCAUCCGCGAGGAGCGCGGGGACGAGGUGGAGGUGGAGCUGACCGACAGCCACACCCGGCUCACCCUCUCCAGGGAGGAGGUGCAGCGGAUGAACCCGCCCCGCUUCAGCAAGGUGGAGGACAUGGCUGACCUCACCUGCCUCAACGAGGCCUCCGUCCUCCACAACCUCCGAGAGAGAUACUACUCUGGGCUUAUCUAUACAUACUCAGGGCUAUUCUGCGUGGUAGUCAACCCCUAUAAGAACCUGCCCAUCUACACAGAGUCCAUCGUGGAGAUGUACCGGGGCAAGAAGCGCCACGAGAUGCCCCCUCACAUCUACGCCAUAUCAGAAGCUGCCUACCGUAGCAUGCUGCAAGACCGGGAAGACCAGUCAAUACUCUGCACAGGAGAGUCAGGAGCAGGAAAGACAGAGAACACUAAGAAAGUCAUCCAGUAUUUGGCUCAUGUUGCCUCGUCACACAAGACUGGAACUCUGGGAAGAACUAAAGACCCCUCCAUGCAGACGGAAGGCAAUAGGUCCCUCCCCAGGCCCAGUUCCCUGGUGAACAGGGUAAGUGGUCCUCUCCUGUCCUGUCCUGUCCUGCUACUUCAAACUAACAUAAACUUACUACAGGGGUCAUCUCUCCUCUCUCAGCUGCUGGAGGAGAAGUCUGUGCUGACGGACCAGCUGCAGGCGGAGGCGGAGCUGUUUGCUGAGGCGGAGGAGAUGAGGGCCAGGCUGGCCAGCAGGAAGCAGGAGCUGGAGGAAGUACUGGGCGAGCUGGAGGGACGAUUGGAGGAGGAGGAGGAAAGGGGCCUCCAGCUGACCAAUGAGAAGAAGAAGAUGCAGCAGCACGUGCAGGACCUGGAGGAGCAGCUGGAGGAGGAGGAGGGGGCCAGGCAGCGCCUCCUGCUAGAGAAGGUCACCCUGGAGACCAAGGUGAAGAGCCUGGAGACGGACAUGCUGACUGCCGUCGAGCAGAGAGACCGACUCAGCAAGGAAAAGAAACAUCUGGAGGAGAGGCUCAGUGAGGUGACCGACCACCUGGCCGAGGAAGAGGAGAAGACCAAGAGUUUGAACAAACUGAAGAACAAGCAGGAGGCCAUGAUCGCUGACCUGGAAGAGCGUCUGAAGCGGGAGGAGCAGGGCCGGCUGGAGCAGGAGAAGUGGAGGAGGAGGAUGGAGGGGGAGGCUCAGGAGGCCCAGGAGCAGCUGUCUGACCUGGGCCUGCUGGCUGCAGAGCUGAGGGGGAGUCUGGCCCAGAAGGAGAAGGAGAUCACCACGCUGCAGGGCCGGCUGGAGGAGGAGGGGGCGCGGCGGGCGGAGGCCCAGAGGGCCCUGCGGGAGGCCAUGUCUCAGGUGUCGGAGCUGAAGGAGGAGGUGGAGAACGAGCGGGGGAUGAGAGAGCGGGCGGAGAAGCAGAGGCGGGACCUGGGGGAGGAGCUGGAGGCUCUGAGGACAGAGCUGGAGGACACGCUGGACACCACCGCAGCACAGCAGGAGCUCAGAUCUCGCAGGGAGGCGGAGCUAGGAGAGCUCCAGAGGUGUGUGGAGGAGGAGACGAGGCGUCACGAGGUGCAGCUGUCUGACCUCAGGGUCAAACACUGUGCUGCUAUAGACAACCUGCAGGAGCAGCUGGACAACAGCAAGAGGGCGCGCCAGUCCCUGGAGAAGGCCAAGACUGUGCUGGAGGAGGAGAGGCUGAACCUGGCGUCCGAGCUCAAGGCUCUGCAGGGGGGCCGUCUGGAGAGCGAGAGGGGCCGCAAGAGGGCCGAGGGCCAGCUGCAGGAGCUGACAGCACGCCUGGCCCAGGCCGACAGGGAGAGGGAGGAGAGGGAGGAACGCCUGCACAAACUACAGUCUGAGAUUGAGUCCAUCUCCAGCUCUCUGACCUCCUCUGACUCCAAGUCCCUCCGACUCGGCAAGGAGGUCAGCACUCUGGAGAGCCAGCUGCAUGACGCUCAGGAGCUGCUGCAGGAUGAGACCCGUCAGAAGCUAGCUCUGGGAUCGCGCGUGCGGGCGAUGGAGGAGGAGAAGAACGGCCUGAUGGAGCGGGUGGAGGAGGAGGAGGAGAGAGCCAAGGAGCUGACUCGCCAGAUCCAGACUCUCACUCAGCAGCUGGCUGAGCUCCGUAAGCAGUCGGAGGAGGUGAGCGCGGCGGUGGAGGCGGGGGAGGAGGCGCGCAGGAAGCUGCAGCGGGAGCUGGACAGCGGCGUGCAGCGGGAGAGGCAGAAGGAGGAGGAGAAGGAGCGUCUGGAGAGGCAGAGGGAGCGUCUGAGGGAGGAGAUCGAGGACAUGACGCUGGCCCUGCAGAGAGAGAGGCAGAACUGCACCGCUCUGGAGAAGAGGCAGAAGAAGUUUGACCAGUGCCUGGCGGAGGAAAAGGCUGUGAGCGCUAGGCUGGCGGAGGAGAGAGACCGGGCCGAAGCAGACAGCCGGGACAAGGAGACCCGCUCCCUCGCCCUGGCUCGAGCCCUGCAGGAGGCUCAGGACCAGAGGGAGGAGCUAGAGAGAGCCAAUAAGCAGCUACGUGUGGACAUGGAGCAGCUGGUCAACCAGCAGGACGACGUGGGGAAGAACGUGCACGAGUUGGAGCGUUCCCGCCGGGCCCUGGAGACGGAGGCCCAGUCUCUGCGUGUCCAGACCCAGGAGCUGGAGGAGGAGCUGGGGGAGGCCGAGAACUCGAGGCUGAGGCUGGAGGUCACCCUGCAGGCCCUCAGGGCCCAGUUUGAGAGAGAGAUCAGCACCAAGGAGGAGAAGGGAGAGGAGAAGAGGAGGGGCCUCAGCAAACAGGUGAGAGAGCUGGAGACCCUGCUGGAGGAGGAAAGGAGCCAACGCUCUCAGGCCAUGUCCGUCAAGAAGCAGCUGGAGGCGGAGCUUCAGGAGGCGGAAGCCCAUGUGGAGACAGCCAAUCGCGGCAGGGAGGAGGGGCUUAGGCAGCUGCGUCGAAUGCAGGCUCAGGUGAAAGAACUUGUCCGGGAGCUGGACGAGACUAAGCUGGCUCGAGACGAAAUCGUCGCCCAAUCAAAAGACAGCGAGAAGCGUUUGCAGACACUGGAGGCUGAGCUUCUGCAGCUCACAGAGGAGCUGUCUGUGUCUGAGCGCCUACGGAGGCAGGCACAGCAGGAGAGAGACGAGAUGGCCGACGAGAUCGUCAACAACUCUGCUGGAAAGACUGCUCUGUCUGAGGAGAAGAGGAGGCUGGAGGCUCGGAUCACCCAGCUGGAGGAGGAGCUGGAGGAAGAGCAGGGGAACGCUGAGCUCAUCGCUGAGAGACACAGGAAGACCACACUGCAGGUGGAGACCAUGACGGUGCAGCUUCAGGGGGAGCGCACGCUGACCCAGAAGGCAGAAGGGGCUCGGGAGCAGCUGGAGAAGCAGAACAAGGACCUGAAGUCUCGCCUGGGGGAGAUGGAGGGGGCUGUGAGGGGCAAGCACAGGCUCAGUGUCGCCGCCCUGGAGGCCAAGAUAGACACCAUGGAGGAGCAGCUGGAGCAGGAGAGACAGGAGAGAGCCAUAGCCAACAAGCUGGUGCGCAAGACGGAGAAGAAGCUGAAAGAGGUGAUGAUGCAGGCGGAUGACGAGAGGAGACAUGCAGACCAGUACAGAGAACAGUUGGACAAGUCCCUGGGUCGUCUGCGUCAGCUGAAGAGGCAGCUGGAGGAGGUGGAGGAGGAGAACUCGCGCUCCAACGCCCAGAGGAGGAAGCUGCAGAGGGAGCUGGAGGAGAUGACAGACAGCGGCCAGAGCAUGACCCGGGAGAUCACCGCUCUGCGCAGCCAGCUCAGCAUCCCCGAAUGGAAGCCAGAUAAGCGUGCUCCGUUGCCCUUGGCGAUGCGUUCAGGACGGCGAGCGUUGGUUGACGACCUCUCGUUAGAGAACUCCGAUUCAGAAGAGCCCCCCGCCUCCCCAACGCCGUCCUCCGGGCCCCCGGGGACCCCCACCCCGGGGACCCCCACCCCGGGGACCCCCACGCCCACCUCAGAGAACAGCCUUGGGCCUCCUCCACCCUACACCCUGAACAACACAGAGUGACACACACACACACACACUGAAACACACACACACAUACUGAAACACAAUCCCCUACCCUCCUGCAGCCUUAACAGCACUGAAUGACAGGUGAAGGAGAGACACACACACACACAAACAAAAGCAAGAUUUGUCUUCUGGAGGAGAGGAGAUCCAGGACUGAUUGGACUGGAGUUCCGCCUGACUAACAGUUACGUACACUAGUGUAGGAGCUUAGAUGUCUGGGGAGACAUCAACUCUCAGAAACCGGUGCAGAAACGUCAUUUAUAUCAACAUAGCCGUCUGUAGUCUCAUGAUGCUGUAUUGUGCUUAAAUGACAGAAACUAAAUGGCUGCCACACCUCAUUGCAGCUCAAUCAAUGUCGAGCCAUGUUUCACUCUAUGAGAAGAGUCAGCAUUUGGACAUUCUACCUGAUUCCACAUAGGGCUGCCAGAAUGGAAAAUCAUAGUUACAUUGGCUCCGUUCUUCAAAGGGUUAAAGACCCUGUAUCUGCAUGUGUGAGGUGAUAUUCUGCAAGUCUACAGGGACACACCGGUCACACAGCAUUUAGACCGGUGGCAGUGUGUGUGUUUCUGUGAGUCAAUCACUCGUUGACUCUGCUACGGUGAGAGAAAACUUCUCUAUUUUAAUAUACUGUACGCUUGAGAGAGAGAAAAAUUACCUUGAAUUUCAGAAUUUUCUGUCUCACUGAAUUUGAAACCAAACUUUCCAACCGUGUCCUGAUCUAUGUGUGGAAGACGUAUGACACAUCAAACACUACGGAGAGAAAUGACCUGUUGGAAACCAUGAUGUCGUACGUGCAACUAACAAUGACCCCAGCGUGUCCUAUCAUAGAAACAUACUGAUGACAGGUUCCUAGUCGUCCUUCAAAUCAGAUCUAGGAUCAGGAUGACCGGUGUUCUUUUACCAUGUCCCACAGAGGGCAGGAAGGCUGCCCUGACCCGAGAUCAGCAUCAAGAGGGCAGCAUGGUCCUAAGUUCCUCCUGCAUAUUUAUACAGUCAGUCUUAUGAUUACAAUACAAUAACUCGUAUCCUAUUUUCAAUAUUGCUGGUCAUGUGAGUAUUGACUCUAGACUGAUACGGUUGCUUGGUUACUGCAGGAUGCAGCUGAUGGCGUGUACCAUCUGGCUCUGCACCCAGGUCAAGGCUGCAGACGAGUCGAGCUUUUCCAACAGUUAGUGUAGAUCGUUAGAUUAGAUACAUAGACAGUAGUGUACUGGGUAGUUUAUUUAAUUAAAUUCUUAGUAUAUAGCUUCUUUAACGUAUGUACAAGCAGUUGAAUUCAUGUAAUCUAAGCCAACCUAAAUACAGAAUGAACAUAAACACAUUAAGUUAUUUAUUGCUGAUAUUAUUUAUUUUUAUUAUUAUUGACCGCCGGUGAUAUGCAGACAUCGUUCCGGUGAUGUGCAGACAUCGUUGAUUAUUAUUGGUACUUGGCCCUUAUCAGAAUUUGUUUUUAUUGCCACGUAAGUUUAAACAAACUUAUGUGGAGGAAGAUGAACUAAGGUCUGACCCAAGUCUUGUCCUGUGUCUAGAGAACAGCGUUGAGUUGGACCUAGAUGAUCGUGGAGAUUGGCCUGUUUGUCUGUGUUGCUGCAGGUUUGAAAUCUGAGCUGUGUGACCCCAGCGUGGGGGGCUUGUGGUCGACUGUGCUCUGCUAUUGCUGGUGUGUACUGGAAUAUAUUUGCUCCUUUGCUCUGUCACUUGGGCUUGUUUGGUUUGGAAUCUGUACUGGGGAAACAAACUGAAAUUUAAGUCAGAUGAUAGUUGUAAUUAGCUAUGGAGCUAGAAAUGACGCAAAAUAGGAAUAUUUCUGAUCGUGGAUUUCUUUGAAAAUCCAAUUCCUCUGAUCGUUUUCAACAUAUCAUACAUAAUUAUCUUUUGUUUUUAUUGAACAGACAUAUUGUACAUUGUAAUAUUUUUUUUUAUUGAUUAACUAUGUAAAAUAUUUAUCAAACAAAGCUUUUGUUUUUAACCAAACGGUGGGCGUAUGGAUGAGAAAAGGGAUUUAGUUUAGUAAAUACAUGUAGAAUAGAAUAGACAGGAGGGGAGAAGUUGAGGACAUUUGUCAAGUUACCUCUGAUCUGUUCUUUAAAAGUUUCAGAAAAAUACUUUCUGGUUCUUUUCUCCCUAUCAUUCCUGCAUUAGAUCGUUCAAUGACAAUUGAGCACAAGUUAGUAAAUUUAACUAAUGGUGUAGGAAUGUUUUUAGAUUUGUCUCACAACGAAAGCUUCUGAAGGUUGACAUUUUCAAAAUAUAAACAUAGUCAUGAGUGAAAUGUGGAUCAUAAACUGAUAUAAGGAAAUGGUUCAUUUGAAGUGUCCUGUUGUUAAACACUUAUGUGCUCAGAGGGAUGUCUGUUUUAAAGGUAGUCAAUGUGUACUACUGCCCUGUCUGUAAACACGCCAUCUCUCUGAGUCUAGAAUAGACACUGCCUUACAAGCCCUCACCUUUUCAUGGUCCCCAGUUUCCCUGCAUCUCUAUAGCAUGAUUCAUGUUUUUGUUCAUAAUCCAGUAUGUAAAAGUGUUUAGUGUGUGGCUGAUUUGCGACAGGCUUUCCCAGGCACCUGCUUGCCUGGUACAGCUCGACGUUUGUAGACACAGAAACACAGUGCCCUGUCAGAUGGAUGUGGCUGUUUAUCUGUGGUAGAGAAUUUGCCUGCAUCAAGACGUUACAGGUUCAAAUCCCCCCCCUCCUAAAUGAACACAUUGUUAUUAUGAAUGCUAGAUGAACAUUUUUCUAUUGAGCAAAAGUUUAAUUCAUGAUUUAGAAAAAAGACUGGUGGUAAAAUGCCAAGUUAACAGUCUUAGUAGUCUCGGUAUUCACCACUCGUUACAUAAGAGAAGAUGAAAUCUUUGGUAAUCACCAUGCUCUGGGUUAUGCCCUGACCUGCCCUGGUGGGAUCAUCAGAAAUGAGGGUGAGACAGCCUGAGGGUGAGACGGCCUGAGGGUGAGACAGCCUGAGGGUGAGACAGCCUGAGGGUGAGACAGCCUGAGGGUGAGACGGCCUGAGGGUGAGACGGCCUGAGGGUGAGACAGCCUGAGGGUGAGACAGCCUGAGGGUGAGACGGCCUGAGGGUGAGACAGCCUGAGGGUGAGACAGCCUGAGGGUGAGACGGCCUGAGGGUGAGACGGCUUGAGGGUGAGACGGCUUGAGGGUGAGACGGCCUGAGGGUGAGACGGCUUGAGGGUGAGACGGCCUGAGGGUGAGACAGCCUGAGGGUGAGACAGCUUGAGGGUGAGACAGCCUGAGGGUGAGACAGCUUGAGGGUGAGACGGCCUGAGGGUGAGACAGCCUGAGGGUGAGACAGCUUGAGGGUGAGACAGCUUGAGGGUGAGACGGCCUGAGGGUGAGACGGCCUGAGGGUGAGACAGCCUGAGGGCGAGACAGCCUGGGGGUGAGACAGCUUGUGGGUGAGACAGCUUGUGGGUGAGACAGCUUGAGGGUGAGACAGCUUGAGGGUUACCCUUGUUCAAGAGCAUCACAAACCUUUUUUAAAUGAUUCCAGACAUAACAGAACAACAUUGCCUCUGUAUCUUUACAGUAGUUCCUCGGUCCAGCACCACGUUGAGCUCCUAUUUGAUUUGCCAAUGCUUGAUUAUCUUAGCAGUAGUAACAUUUAACUUAAUCCGGCGAGGGGUUAUUUGGGUUGAGAAUGGGUUGAAUUUGUGUAUGACUACUGAACAACGACAUAUAUUUAGUCCUUUAUGACAGCUUUUCUUUGUCUUUUAUGUGUUUUAUUUUCCUGAAGGGAAUGCGAUCUGUGUGAAGGGGUGGUUUUGUAAGUUCCUGGCUACACUGCACUUUAUCCGCCACUAGAGAGAGCUACACAGACAGAUCAGCUGUUGUGUCAGUCUUGAGUAUAGUCCUCUUUAUUUUAAUCAGAUGUCAACUAAGAAGAUGUUAAGAAAGUAAUCAUGUAAGUUGUUGCUCUGUUUUCACAAAUGAACAUUUACAAAAAGCAGUCCUGAAGCCUGUUGUAAAGAUGUGGUGUUCAGGAGAUUUACAAACGGCAGAGACAGCAGACUACUCACAAGCCUGUUGGUGUUUCGAAGAAGCAAGACUGGUGCUCUCAAAGGUGUUUUGUUGUGUGUUUCUUUUUGGUUUAUGGCUUCUGUAGAACUUGGAACAUUUUGGACAUGUGGGGUUUAUGAGCCUUUUAUGUUUAUGAUGCUGUAAUUAUAAAAGACUUCUGAUUGGGGUUCAUGUUAAUAUAUGUCGUUGGUUUUGA